AUUACACUCCAGAACAAUAGAAUAUCAAGAGAAUUCAAUAUGGCGGCGAUCAUGGCUCGAUCUGCAAAGAAGCGUGUUUCGUACCACGACUUACACAAUUUGAGCACCGCGGAUCCUCUAUUUGAUGAAAAUAAAAAGAAAAGAAGAACAGCACGUAAAUCUUUGGGAUUGUUCGAGGCAGAGCGAAUUAUUACAAGCCGGGAGGACUCAGAGGGAACGAAAUACCUUAUUAAGUGGAAAGGCUUCAGCGCAUUUCAGAAUACUUGGGAGCCUGAAGAACACCUUUCCCAACUUUUGUUGAGGUACUUUGAGUCUCCAAAACCACAUGUGGACACUGUCCAGGAGUGUGUGGACAGACUGAGAGUCUCCUUAUCGGAUGCUCUCAGGCACAAAGGUCCAACACAGGCUGUAUCACUGGAAUUUCGCCAUGAUGUCUUCAAAUAUCUAUUUAGUGGAAAGGGAAGACAUGCUGAGGAAAAGAACUGGCAAUUAUACGAAGAAAACGAUUUUAGUAGAUGUAAGCUUCCUACCAACUGGAGCUGUAUAUUAGAUAAACAUGGAGAUGGAGUUAGGAUUAGGUUUCCAGUUAAAAUGAGGAGAUUCCUUAGCCUAUCUCCAAAAACCUAUGAAAGGGUGGCUGAGGUUGUUGUUGAAGCCCCGAGGGCCUAUACUGAAAAGAUUUCAGUCAAGUUUGUUAAAGUCUCAUCAUCAUGUAAUUAGUCAAAUUUAUAUAACAUUUUGAUAUA